AUGGUUCAGCAGGAUUGGUUAGAAGCGUUGAAGGGAGCCGCAACCAUGGAUGUUGCGUUAACGAGAAAGGAGAAAACGACUAUGGUAGAGAAAGCCCACAUCACCAUCUUAUUGAGCCUUGGUGAUAAGGUUCUCCGACAGGUUUCGAAAGAGACGACGACGAUGAGUUUGUGGUCGAAACUCGAAAGUUUGUACAAGACCAAAUCGCUGGUCAACCGCCUCUACCUAAAUCAAGCUAUAUUUUAUUCUUCACAGUUGUUUGAGUUUUCCAUGGCAAGUGAUACAAUCAUCAACAAAACCGAUCAUAUUGAAAACAAAGACAGACUAAGUGAUUUACCUGAUAGUGUUCUACUACACAUUCUCUCUUUUAUGAAAACAACUCAAUACGCCGUUCAAACUUGUAUUUUGUCCAAAAGAUGGAAGAAUUUGUGGAAACAAUUUUCCACUCUUACAUUACAUUCUGAGUGGUUUGAGACUCUUGAAUUUUUCAUCAAAUUUGUAUCCCACCUUUUGUUUCUUCGCGAUCAAGGAAUAGCACUACAUACUCUCAAAUUGUAUUUGUCUCAUCAACAAAGCAUAGAGCCUCACCUAUUCGAAAGGAUUUUGAAAUACGUUGUUCCAUGUAAUGUCAAGCGCUUAAUACUCCUCCUCAGAUGUGAUAUUCCGCACUUCCCGACUAGCUUAUUAUCAUGUCAAACUUUAACAUCUCUUGCCUUUUGUGUUUACCCUAGACUUUAUGGUAAACAGAAAAUAUUAUUUCCGAAUUCUCUCAAUUUGCCAUCAUUGACUAAAUUGGAUUUAGCAUUUGUCACGUUUAAUGGUGGAACAGAGCCUUUCUCGUCAUGUCCCCGGUUGACUAAGUUGAGGAUUAUAUGUUUUGAUAUUUUAGGUGAACAAAACUUAUGUAUAUCAAGUACAACACUUGUCAAAUUAACCUUACGAAUACAUUGUGAACCUAAGAACGGUAACACAAUUGAGUUAUAUACUCCGAGUCUUCGUACUUUUGCUUUUAUCGGUACUCCUUUUAAAAUGUUACAAGCGAGCCAGCUUAGUUCUGUUGAGCACAUAAAGAUUGAUGCAUAUUUUGGGAGACAUGACGCAGAGGCUCCUACAAUUCUACUUAGCUGGUUGCUAGAGCUUGCUAAUAUCAAAAUUUUAACCGUCUCUUCUAAUACUUUACAGGCUCUCUCCUUAGUUCCUGAUUUAUUGAAGGUCAAACUCCAUUCAUUGCGUAAUUUGAAGAAACUGAGAGUAAAAAUGAAAAAAAUUGACUAUGAAUUAUCCAAAGCACUGAUAAAAAGAAAUUUAGCGCAAAUGCCUGUUAUGUCUGAGGAAGAAGUUGCCAAGUUAAUAGUUGAGUUUUUUCUUCAAAACUCACCUUCAGUGGAAGUUUGUUAUCUAAGAGGUGAAAUGUGCAUUAGAAAAGAUGGUGUGAUUGAGCAAUUUUACCAAAUGAUGAUUGGAAUCAAGAGAAGUAUAGCACUAGAACAUUUUUGUUAA